AUGUUCAUUCUAGACCCAAGGGAAGGAAAUCCACAGUUGGAACAUGUUUUGGCAGACACACGAAAUCAUCACAUUGCCGGUCAAAGUUCAGCAUGUCAACAAGAUCGCUCGAAUGACGAGUAUCCCUCAGUAAAAUUUAACAUCUUGGACUAUCCCAAUGAUGACAUCUUCAACUAUCUUAGCAUCCCCGACGAUGUUGUUGUUAAUAUCGAAGAUAUUAACAUCGACAACUCUAAUGGUAAUAUCUUCGAAUGUUAGCAUCGUCGACGAUGGCAACUUCCUCGACGACUUCAAAAUAUUUUGCCAUCAAUGAAAACUGUCUGCUUGCAGUAUAUCAAAAUUAUUUAUCUC